UUAGCGGGUGACAUGCUGUUAAACAACUGGAAAUGACGCACCUGCAAUAACUUUUGUCCAAUCAAAAAUCGCUUCAGCAACUCUCCUCCUUGCGGUUACCCCAUUCUUAAAAUCUUCGUAUUCGAUUCGUAUAUUAUCGUGGUUACCAGAAGGGUUUUGUUUAUAAUUUUUUUAUUUGCUUGCAAGCCAUUAUGCAUGAAGAGAAAACCGACCGAGUUGCAGCAAUCAGCGACUAUGACAAAGCAGUACUUAAUAGAGUUUUCAAUCCUGAAAAUCCGUACAACGCUAGCGAAGAUAUUGAAAUAAUUAACUGGAAUGAAGAACCUAAAAUAUUGACUGCUGUUGAGCAAGAAGCUAAGUCUUGGGAAGUUCGAGGAGUUCAGGAAGCUGAAAAUGGGAACAUAGAUUCUUCAAUUCACAUGUUUACUCAGGCUAUACAACUUGCUCCUCAAUUUUCUUCUGGUUACAAUAAUCGAGCUCAAGCACUUCGACUGAAGGGUGAUAUACAAGGGGCUUUAGAGGAUUUAGAUAAAGCCAUUGAGCUGAAUACUGGUAACAGUGCUGUCUGUAAAGCUGUUGUUCAACGUGCAAUACUUCGACGUUACAAAGGUGAUGACAAAGGAGCUCUUGAAGAUUUUAAGAGUGCUGCAAGCAGAGGAAGUGCAUUUGCGCAACAGAUGCUAAUUGUGUUGAACCCAUAUGCUGCUCUGUGUAACCAAAUGUUGUGUGAGGUUAUCAAUAAGUUAAAGAAUGGAAACAUUGAGGAUUCCAUUUAAAUAUU